AUGUCGUUCUCUAGCUCUGAGAACCAGGAACCAAUAGAUCAGCUCCGGCAAAUCACACAGUACUCGCUACAUUCGUUGCGCCAGCGUCUUACGGAUAAGAAGUUGACGUACCCUUUUGAUGACCUCAAUCACUGGUCGCCACAGAUCAUAGAUCGCAACCUAGCUCGAUUCCAGCAGAACAUCUACAAGGAGUAUGAGCUCUUUCUAGAAAGCCCGCUGAGGCUCGAGGAGGUGACCAACAUUUCAUUAGCAGACUACUUCAAGCCAAGGCUCGACAAAAUAGCCCCGCUUAUAUACUCCAUCCACCUCAACAUGUACCCAGACGAUCUUGCAAAGUUCAAUGGGUACACAAAGAAGCUGGAGAUCAUCACAGAUAUACUCACGAAUUUGCUAAGUCAGGAUUACGCUGAGAGGCGUCUUGUGGAAGAGGGUCCAGAACAUCGCCAAUUAUGGGACCUUCUGGCUCCUGCUGAAUGGUACCCCAAAGCCAGGCGGAUGAAAAGAAAGAUCGUGAUGCAUGUGGGACCCACAAAUUCCGGAAAAACCUACAAUUCCCUUCAAGCUCUCUCCAAGGCAAAGCUGGGCUACUACGCUGGUCCGCUUCGUCUUUUAGCACGUGAGAUCUACGAAAGAUUCCAGGAACAGGGCAUAAGCUGUAACCUCAUCACGGGUGAAGAGGUUAUUCCUUCUUUGGACGAGUUUGACAAUGUCACAGAGCUCUCGUCAGGCACCAUCGAGAUGGUUCCCCUCAACAAGAUCAUGGACAUUUGCAUUAUAGACGAGAUCCAGAUGCUUGCAGACCCUUUACGGGGUUCGGCAUGGACGAAUGCUGUUUUGGGUGUUCAGGCCAAAGAGCUUCAUUUGUGUGGUGAGCCUAGUGCCGUUAAUCUUGUAAAGGAGCUCGUGAAGAAUACAGGUGAUGAGCUACAUGUGAAGGAGUACCAGCGCUUGGGUAAAUUGACCGUUGAAAACAAACACCUCAACGAUUUGAAGCGUCUUCGUCCUGGCGACUGCGUUAUUGUAUUUUCCAAAAGAAAGAUUCUAGAGCUCAAGUGUGAAAUCGAGAACAAGACAGAUUUGAAGGUGGGGGUCAUAUACGGCGCUCUUCCUCCAGAAAUCAGAUCGAAGGAAGCCAGCUACUUCAACUCCGGCCAGUACGAUGUUCUUGUCGCUUCUGAUGCCGUUGGAAUGGGUCUCAACUUGCGAAUCAAGCGUAUCGUGUUCGGGUCAAUGAUGAAGUUUGAUGGCACGGAAAUGGUGCCAUUGUCUGUUUCAGCCACAAAGCAGAUAGCAGGACGAGCGGGCCGGUAUAGUGCCUCCGCUGGAGAGCUGGAGGGUUUCGUCUCGGCUCUACAUGUGAGAGACAUGAGGCUUCUCAAGAGCCAAAUGAAGCAGGAUCCAGAGGAGUUGCUGAAAGCCUGUGUUUGGCCUCCCAGGGAAUUCUGGACCUACUACCUUUCUUCGUUUCGACACCCAGUGCCGUUAUCGCAAGCCAUCAAAAAGUUUGAUGAACAGGCGUCCAAGUACAAGUUGGAUGCGUACUUCUACAUGGACUUCGAGCGUCAGCUCGAGCUUCUCGAGGCAGCCGUCAGCGGAGGCUUAGAGAAGCAAAUCUCAAUCGAAGACCAGGUCACGCUUAUGGUGACGCCGGUCAAUUUUAGAGGAGUUGGACCAGAGGUUGCCGAAACAUGCAUCAAGUUUUUCCAGGCCAUUCUGAAGUGCGAGCCCAAAACCGUAUUUGAUUUUGACUUUUUGCAUCUUUCUGUUCUUCGGCAAAGACCUUCAGUGGCUGGCUCACCGCAACAGAUUCUAGAUUGUCUUUCAGCUUUGGAAAUCGACCACAAGUUGGUGCUCUGCUUCAUGUGGUUGUGUCAGAGAUGGCCGACCAUUUUCGUCGACAAAGAAAGCGCUCACGAGAUCAAAACUAUGGUCGAAAAAAGAAUAAGCGAAGAGCUCGUGUGUCUCAGAAAAGUAUCCAAAGGAAACACCAGACAGCUCUGGAUGCAAAAAGACGACCUGCGUUCCCCAAACGCAGACAUGUCGCGGGGCAAUACAACAGUUCCCGCGAUCGGAAAAACCUAG